AUGAUCCUAUCCCUCCAGGCUCCAGAGCAUGCUCCACAUCACAAGCUAGGAGACACAUGCAGCUCAUCUACUAGUUGCUAGCUAGUAGUAUGUCAAAUGCAUGCUGCCUGUUGCCCUACAAGUGUGCAAGAGCAGCAUAUGCCAAGUAGUAAGUAGUAGGAGAGCAAGCAAGGGAGCAGAGCGACUGAGAGGCGACUGGUGGUGGCGAUAAGAGCUAGCGUGCGUGGUCUGUCUUUUUUUCCCUUCCUCCUUCCCAGUCAUCCCUCUCCCUCCGCUCCCAGAGUGCGUGCUCUGCUGUGCUCAUUGGCCUCGUCUUGCAGAUAAGAGACAUAUGGCCAUCAUCCUCGUACGAGCAGCGUCGCCCGGGCUCUCCGACGCCGUCCGGGACAUCCACCACCAUGGGAGCCUCCAGUGCUCCUCCCUGCUCAAGAGGCGGGUGCCGGCACGCCGCUGGAUGCUCUGCUCGCUCAGGUACGCGUGCCUUGGCCUCGAGCCGGGGGAGAUUGGCCGGACCUCCGCCGUGUACUCCAGCCUGGCCGUCAACCCGGCGGGAGAGGCCGUCGUCUCGUCCGAGCAGAAGGUCUACGACGUCGUGCUCAAGCAGGCGGCAUUGCUCAAGCGCCAGCUGCGCACGCCCCUCCUUGACGUCAGGCCCCAGCAGCUGGACAUGCCGCGCAACGGCCUCAAGGAGGCCUACGCCCGCUGCGGCGAGAUCUGCGAGGAGUAUGCCAAGACUUUUUACCUCGGAACUAUGUUGAUGACAGAGGAGCGGCGCCGCGCCAUAUGGGCCAUCUAUGUGUGGUGUAGGAGGACAGAUGAGCUCGUAGAUGGGCCAAACGCCAACUACAUUACGCCAACAGCUUUGGACCGGUGGGAGAAGAGACUAGAGGAUCUAUUCGCGGGACGCCCUUACGAUAUGCUUGAUGCCGCUCUUUCUGAUACCAUCUCAAGGUUCCCCAUAGACAUUCAGCCCUUCAGGGACAUGAUUGAAGGGAUGCGGAGCGACCUUAGAAAGGCGAGGUAUAAGAACUUCGACGAGCUCUACAUGUACUGCUACUACGUUGCUGGAACUGUGGGAUUAAUGAGUGUACCUGUGAUGGGCAUCGCACCUGAGUCUAAGGCAACAACUGAAAGCGUGUAUAGUGCUGCCUUGGCUCUCGGAAUUGCGAACCAACUCACAAAUAUACUCCGGGAUGUAGGAGAGGAUGCUAGAAGAGGAAGGGUAUAUUUACCACAAGAUGAACUGGCACAGGCAGGGCUCUCUGAUGAGGAUAUCUUCAAUGGUGUCGUCACAAACCGAUGGAGAAACUUCAUGAAGCAGCAGAUCAAGAGGGCCAGGAUGUUCUUUGAGGAGGCAGAGAGAGGGGUGACUGAGCUCUCACAGGCUAGCAGAUGGCCAGUAUGGGCCUCCCUACUGUUGUACCGGCAAAUCCUGGAUGAGAUUGAAGCAAACGACUACAACAACUUCACAAAGAGGGCAUAUGUCGGGAAAGGGAAGAAACUGCUAGCGCUUCCUGUUGCAUAUGGGAAGUCGCUACUGCUACCGGUUUCACUGAGAAAUAGCCAGACCUAGCCGCCACUGAAAACAAGACAAGAUGAUCAGGAUAGGCUAGAUAGAAAAUAGGGCAAUGUCCUGGUGGACUUAUUGUUCUUCAGGUGUAUCAUAUGAAACUAAAUGUUGGGGGCAGGCACGGAUAGAAAAAAGCACUGCAACCAACCUACUAGUUGGGACUCGAAAACCAACCAAGUAAAUACCACAAAUCAAUAUGAAAUGUUUUUAGGCAGUGCUUU